CUGCCCGCAGCCAAGAUGGCGCCGGCGGCGGGGCAGGGCCGUGCGGGCAGCGGGCGCUGAAGCUGCUUCCGCCGCCGCCUCGCCAGCAGCGAACAUGGCGGAGUCGGUGCUGGAAGUUGUGGGCAAGCUGCAGUCGCGGCUGGCGGGCAGCUCGGAGCCCAGGAAGCUGCUGAAAAGUCUGAAGAGGCUGGCUGAGCUGCCCAUCACAGUUGACAUCCUUGUGGAAACAGGUGUUGGGAAGACUGUGAACAGUUUAAGGAAGCAUGAGCUCGUAGGAGACUUUGCCAAGAACCUGGUGGCAAGGUGGAAGAAGCUGGUGCCGGUGUCCCAGGAGGCAGACAGAAAUAACCUGGACCCUGAAGAGCGUGACUAUGAGAGGAGCAGCUCUAGCAAGAGACAGCAGGAGCCCCCCCACAGAGAGGAUGAGGAACCCGACGAGGAGUAUUCAGAACCCUUCCAGCCAUCCUGCAGCCAGUCCUAUAGCCCAGAUCAUAGGGAAAAGAAGUCCAAAAGGUGUCCUAAGCCUGAGAGAGCUCAUGAGACUUAUGGCUAUGGCAGCCACGAGGGGAAGGGUUGGGGCAGAUCUUCCCCAGUGCUCUCUUCAGAUCAGGAGUACUCGGACUAUGGGCAAGCUGUGUCACCUGAGCCAAGCGAGAGCCCUCAGGACAUGUACACAGACCCUUAUGGCUCCGAGGAGCAGGAAGAGCCCACAGUAUUCCAGCAGAAAGCCAGUAAAGGCCACAGCUUUCAGGAGAAGCUGGGGGCAGGCCGGGAGAGGAACCCUGGUGAGUCAUGUGAGAAAGGGAACGCGAAUCGGAGCAAAGAGCACAAAUCCUCUCACAAGAAGCAGCGACUCGAUGGCAGGGGGGAGGACAGGACCUCUGCUUUCAGCCCAGAAAGACUGCACAAGGCCUCUUUCAAAGAGCAGCUCCGAGAAGCCCCCGUGGCAGGGGGCAGGAAGGAGAAGCAGAGGGUGUCAGAUGGCAUGAAAAAGGAGAAGAGCCGAGAAAGCAGCAGCUCCAAAAAGGAGAAGCUGCACUCGGAGGAGCCUGUGGAGAACCACAUCAAGAAACAAAAGCAUCGAGACUCGGAGAAAAGCAAAUCUGAAAAGCCCAAGCUGGGCCUGGAAAGCUCAAACACAGAGAGGGAGAAAAGGAAAGCUGAGAGGGACUCAUCAAAUAGGAUCAAAGAAAAGGGCAGUUCUGGAGGCCUAAAAUCCACAGAGGGGAAGCGCAAAAUCGCCGAGGUGGAGAAAAAAGCAGGCAGUGCUUCGAGUCUGGGGGAGGGGGAAGUGGAGGAUGAGUUUGAGCAACCUACGAUGUCCUUUGAGUCCUAUCUCAGCUAUGACCAGCCCCAGAAAAAGAAAAAGAAGGUGGUCAAAGCCUCUGUGCCAGCUGGAGAGAAAGAGCGAGGGCACAGCAAACAGAAUGGAUCCAAAGCCAGCACCAACAGCUCCAGCUCGAGUCGGAAAAGUCCAAGCCACAAGCGAACAAGUGAGAAGAAGGCAGAGAAGAAGCAACCAGAGCCUCCUAAACCAAAGAGGAUACUUCUAGAUGUGGUACCAACGUUGCCAGACAUCCCACUGCCACCCAUCCAGGCCAACUACCGCCCUCUCCCCUCAAUCGAGUCCAUUAGCUGCUCCCAGACGAAAAGGAAAGCAGUGUCCUCGCCGGUGGAGGAGAGUGAAGCAGGUUUCACAGGCCGCCGCCUGAACUCCAAGAUGCAGGUGUACUCGGGCUCCAAAACUGCCUACCUCCCAAAGAUGAUGUCCCUGUACCAGCAGUGCAUCAGAGUCCUCAGUAACAACAUUGACUCAAUCUAUGAAGUGGGUGGUGUCCCUUUCUCUGUGCUGGAGCCAGUGUUGGAGAGAUGCACCCCAGAACAGCUCUACCGCAUCGAGGAAUGCAACCAUGUGCUGAUCGAGGACACAGACCAGCUGUGGCACAACCACUGCCUGCGAGACUUCAAGAACGAGAAGCCAGAGGAGUUCGAGUCCUGGCGGGAGAUGUACCUGCGGCUGCACGACGCGCGGGAGCAGCGCCUGCUGAUGCUGGCGCGCAACAUCGGCUCUGCUCACGCCAACAAGCCCAAAGGUAGAGUGGCCAAAAUGGCUUUUGUGAACUCUGCAGCAAAGCCCCCUCGGGACGUACGGAGGAGACAAGAGAAGUUUGGAACUGGAGGACCUCUUCUGCCAGAGAAGACCAAAAUCAAGCCAGUCCUCUACACAUCUAACAAAAGCCACCCUCGUGUGAGUGAGGAGCAGUCCUACGAUGGGCCCAGCACCAGCAGUGCCCAUUCUGCCCCAUCUUCAGGUAGCACCUUCUCCCCCUACGACCCCAGGAAACCACCAGUGAAGAAAAUUGCACCCAUGAUGGCAAAGACUAUCAAAGCCUUCAAAAACCGCUUCUCUCGGAGAUAAGCUUGCAGGGCAGACCUGGGACUUGCCUGCUUGCAGAGGAGUGGCACUGAAGGGAGAAGAAGGUACCCAAACAGCCCUUUCCUGUCGAACUCUUUGGAGGCUGCAGCUGCUGGGAGAAGCUUUGAUCUGCACAAGAUGACAGCACAGUAUUUUAGCUUUUCAUUCUGGUCCCUUUCUCAGUGUCAAGGCCUCCCCUCUUUUCUUUUGUUUUCCCCUGCCCCUAGCCCUGGGCAUCCUGUUUCUGGCUUUGUCAUCCAUCAAAAGAAGGUGCACAGCACCUCCUGACACGAGAAAAUGUGAAGCCUUGGCACCUGCUGAGAGUAGAAGAUCCAGAGACUGUUUUACUAUUUAACCUCUUAUAAAUUAUGAAACGGUUUUAAUUAAUAUUUUGCCCCUUUCCCCCCCCCCCCACACACUGCUUUUAUUUAUGUUGCUCCCAGAAAUCUCCCUCUUCCCAAUCCAGUACAAGGGUCAGCUUCUCUGUGUCUGUCUGAGGGGCCACUUGGUGUCACCUGAGUCUGGCUUUGUGAUCGGCUGCCUGCUGGGCCCAAAGUCCCACCUGGACUCUCUGGGACAGGUAGGACUUGUGGCUCACCUGCUCCUUGAUCCUUUGGCAAGUGCAUCAAGUCCUGAGGCUUUGCUCCUGUGUCUGUCAAUACAAUUUUAGCCCUUGACCUUCUCUCUGCUGUCAAUGUAGAUCUUGUAGAGAUGUGUUUUUGUCACGCAGGGAUGCCAAGAGCCAUUGGGGGAGUUUUUCUCUGCUGCUGUUGUCUUCUGCUGGCUACUGGGAAGAAAACUAUGAGGGAUUUGGGGAGAAAUUUUACUGUGCACCAAGUCAGUUUUUAUGUUUGUGGGUUUUCUGGAGCUAGGGGAUUUUUGUCUGCCUCUGGAAUUUUUAAAUCUCAAUGAAGGCACCAGGUUUUGCCUCUUUUAGUGGAAGGAAUUAAUACUUUUAUCAUGUUUUCUGUGUGGAAUUGGGAAGGAUUCUUUUCCAGUUGAGAAGCUGGUACUUAAAUCCUCUCUCCUUCCUGUAUGUUUUGCUCUGCUUUCUCUUUGGAAAAAGCAAAGAUUUUAGUCUUUGUACCCAAAGCCACUCAGCUGGGGUUGGAGGUGAGUGAAUUACAGAAUGUGGUUGCGUUUUAAUGCGUGCAGGCUACGUAGCAGGAGGCCAAAAGGCUCAUUUGUGCUUGGUGUCAGAGGAACUGGUGGUCUGGAAGGAAAAGGUGUGAUGGGACCCAGCAGAUCGAGGGCCUGGUGGAAGUGUGCAGACAUGCUCUGGAGCACAGCUCCUCUGGGCAGGUGGGGAGCCAGGAGGUGUGAUUGCAUGUGGACUUGCUGAGAGCACAGCAGGGAGCUGGACACGCUCAGUGUGAAGCCUUCUUGUGGUGACCAUUUCUGCUUGUGGGUUACAUCUGCCUCAAAAGCAAAGUUAUCCAGAGAUGGUGCAAGCUGAGGAUGGAGCUGGUUAGACCUAGGUCCUGUGGCAAGGGAACUGACCUCUGUAAGAGCUGAGAUCAGAAAGGGGAAGAGGUUCUCCUGUUCCAUGCUGCAUUUGCUGCCCUAGCACUCUGCUGUGCAGGUGGAGAAGGUGCUGGUAGUGGAUGCUGGUGGUGGUAGUCCUUGAGAAGUUCUACUGCUGGCUGGCUGUGGCUGCCAGCCCCAACCUGGUGGAGUUGUCCAUGCACUGACCAGGGAAAACCUUGCUGUGAAGAGUUCUCCCUGGAGGACUCUACAGAAAUCCCUGCACCCUUCUGGUUUCUGUCAGUUUCUUUCUUUUUACCUCCUUUUUUUGCCCUUUCUUUCUUUCAUACCACUCAGAACACUUGUCUCUCCUUUAUUUGGUCCCCUCUUAUUUUGAAGGUCUUGGAAAAACGUUCUCAGACUCUCCUGUGCUGUAAGUUUGUUACAGUCCCAGAUGCUUCAGUGUUACCGUGCAGCAUUUCAGUGUGUGUUGUGCUGUAAAAUAAUGGCUCCUUACUCUUGCAUUUUUGCUGUAUUUAAUUUUGCUGUAUUUUUAAUUAGAUAACAAUAUAUUAUCUUCUGCUGACCGUUGUGCUACCAUUUAUUUCUCCUCUGUACUUGGGGUAGGGACAGAGGGGAGGGAAGGGGGAGCCUAGCAUUGUCUUCAGGUACCCAAAGGUGAGGCCUGAGAAUGAUCUCGGGCACUGCUGAACUGCCACUUCAUGAAUCCAACAGUGAGCUGCUGAGGUGUGGGUAUUGCUGUUGCAGGGCUCUGAACCUUCCCUCUCAAGCAGCCUUUUUGCUCUAGGCUUUGCCAGCUGUGUCUGUAUUUUACCUCUGCUGGGUCGCAGGAACAUCUGAUGCUGGGACCCUGGAUUGACUUUGUGCUGUCCCACUGUACUGGGACCCAUGCAAACUGCUCUCCCUUCUCUCCCCUUCCUUGUGCUCAGACACUACAGCUGGGCAGACUUGAAGAGGUAGGCACCAGCCCUCAGCUGGGAAGGCAGGAGGGCUGCUUCCACAAGACAAACUAAGCAAAGGUCACAGUGCUUGCUCUGUUCCCAGUCUCUCAGCGUCCGGGGGGGGUUAGAGUGGUGCAAUUUUUCUGUGCUACACUACACACGAAGGAACUGAACAGAGCUGCCUCUUCCCCUUCUGCUGCCCUGCUGCUGGGGAGGAGUGUGGGCAGGAAAGGGAAUGACUUUGACUUGCAUUUGUAUUUUGGUCCCCAACUGUGUAUAUACAAUUUUCUAUGUUCCUUUUUUUGUGGUAACUAAGAGGAAUAUUUUAAUUAGAUAAGUUAUAUGAAAAGAGGAAAAUCAUGUCUCAAUAAAAGCCAAACACUGGA